AUGGCCACUGCUAUUUUACCAAGUGAUGACUUUCAUACAAAUACCGACGAUCAGCAUCUUGAAAUUUUCUGUCUUAUCUGGCUCGAUGAUAAUAUCAACGCCAAAGAUAAUCGAGAUACAGAACAAAAAUUACGUGCUAUUAUUAAUCGUCUGAAGAAGUUUCAAAAUGUAGAACAAUGUCAAAAAUAUAUUGAACAACGAUCACAAAAAGAUCGACUAAUAAUGAUUGUUAGUGGUCGAUUGGGACAAAAAAUACUCCCUUCUAUUCACAAAGUUCGACAAAUUAUAUCAAUCUAUGUGUAUUGCAUGGAUAAGGAAAGAAACAAACAAUGGACUAGCAAAUUUGCAAAAGUAAAAGCUGUUAUUGUUGAACUUGAUGAACUCGUCGCUCGAAUUAAAGCUGAUCAUAAAAUCCAGAAAAUUGUAGAACAACCAUUGUCAAUUAAUAUUUUCACUACAGGUUCCGGUGCAGGUAAAUCAACAGGUGGUGUAAAUGGUAAAUUCGUUUUUUCACAAGUUCUUAUUGAUUGUCUUUUACGACUUAAAUCCACUCAAGCAGAUACCAAAGAACUUAUUAAACUUUGUAAAAAUACACAUGAAGGUAAUAAUUUUGAGUUGAGCAAUCUUCGUGAAUUUCAAAAGGAUUAUUCACCUGACAAAGUCUUACGGUGGUACACACGAGAUUCAUUCUUUUACAAGACUCUUAAUGCAGUUUUACGUACUGAAAAUAUUCAUAUGAUUUUUUUAUUUCGUGGAUUUAUCUCUGAUAUUCAAAGUCAAUUGACAGAACAUCAAGCUAAAAAUCCUCUACGAGUUUAUCGAGGACAAAUGAUAUCAGUAGAUGAAUUGAAAACUUUAAAACAAUGCCGUGGUCAGUUUAUUUCAGUCAAUUCAUUUUUUUCUACUAGCACUGAUGACGAGCAAGCUCUUUCAUUUCUCAAUGCUACUGAUAAUACAGACAAUUUACAACCAGUAUUAUUUGAAAUUGUUGCUGAUCCUAAGGUGGCAAUUACAAAACCAUUUGCCGAUAUCAGUGCAUACAGUGAAUAUCCUGGCGAAUCAGAAAUACUCUUUAUGCUUGGCUCUAUUUUUCGUUUGAACAACAUCGAUUACAGCAAUGAUAAUCAAGUAUGGGUCAUUCGAAUGACUUUGUGUAGUGAGAAAGAGCAUGAUUUAAAAAAUGUUCUCAUGUAUAUGAAACAACAACUUGGAAAUGGUGAAACAAAUCUUCGAACAUUAGGAAAAGUAUUAUCGGAGAUGGGAAAAUUUGAUUUAGCUGAACAAUAUUUUACACGUUUAUUAAAAGAACUUCCACCAAAUGAUCCUUUACUUGGUGAUUUGUACGAAGAUCUCGGCAAAAUUGCAUCACAUACUGGUGACUAUGACAAAAGCGUUCAAUGGCAUAAAAAAUCACUGGCACUCAAAAAUCCUAAGGCAUUAACUGGCAUAUUGAAUGAUGAUGAACGUAGCUAUUCUAUUGGAAAGUUUGACGAUGUCGCCGAUGAUGAUCCAUUAAAAUUAGUCAAGAAUGAAAUAAUACGCGUUCUUGACUUGGAAGAACAUAAAACAAAAGAUGAAAUUAUAAAUGAUUUAUUAGAAAAUGGUCGACAAUCAUUGUCUAAAUAUAAACAAGAGUUUGCUCCAAAAGUCUAUAAAGCAGCAAUGCAUGAAAACGAUGGUCCAUUGAUGAAAUCUCUUAAAAAAUACUUUGAACAACUAUGGAAAAUAGAAUAUGAUUCUUCAAAUCAAUGGUUUAUUUUAUUCUUAAAGGAAUAUAAAGAUACCGUCCAUUAUGAUUCCGUUCUGAAACGUACAGCUGAAUAUGGAAAUAAAUACUCAAAAGAUUGCCCAAUCUUAUCAAUUGUUUUACAACUUGUAUUUGAAAGUAUUGAUGAUAAAUUUUUCGACGAAAAAAAUGCAUUUAAUGAUUUAUGGUGUGCUAUAACCAGUAAUGGUUUAAAAUCUAUAGAAGAUUUUACUAAUAAGAAGAAACGACUGGUCUUAUUGCAAGCACUAUGUGAAUAUCACCGUCCAAAAUUAUUUGAAUUAUUGGAAAAAAUUCAACCCAAAGUAGAAGCUCCAAUAUCAAAAAACAAUCGGUCAUGUGUAUGUAGUCAAGAUACGCAGAUUUUAUGGAAGUUCAAUGGCAUCAGAAGAAUACGAGUCACAUGGUUUUUCAAUGGUCAACCACUUCCAAUCAAUAAUCGCUUGCAAGUAAUAGAGACUGAUGAUGGAGCUGCGAUACUAAAAAUUUAUCAAGCUGAAUUUGGCAAUCAAGGUGUCUAUACCGCUAGAGCAACUAAUGCUUUUGGUGAAGCUGAAGCUCAAACAACAUUAACUGGUAUGUGA